AUGCAGGACACGCUGGAGUUCUACAGCAUCUUCAAGUUUAUACCUUCAAGUGAACGAUCUCACCCCGACAUCAUUCACCAAUACGCCACAGAGAUCGAGGGGUUUUCCAGGCACAUGCACGAAAACGUUUCUUUCAAAAUCCUCCGCGUCCUUGCUCUUGCGCUGGAACUGCCCGAGGACCAAUUUGUGGACGGCAAUCGCUACGAGGAUGAGUGCGACAGUUCGAUACGGUACAUGCUCUAUCAUGCCCGAUCGCAGCAGGAGAACCGGACCUUUGACAACGUGUAUUUUCGAGGCCAUACCGACAAGGGGACACUGACCUUCCUCUUUCAGCAACCGAUCGCGGCGUUGCAGAUACAACCGAAAGAAGCGGAGUGGGAGUAUCUGCGGAUUCCCGCGGGCUCGGUUGCCGUGAAUAUUGCCGACACGCUGCAAUUCCUCACCAAUGGAUAUCUGAAGAGCGGGUUUCACCGGGUAAUAGCGCCUCCCAGUGACCAGGCCCACCUGGAUCGGCUGGGUUUGCUGUAUUUUGUACGGCCGACGGACAAGUUGCCGUGGAAGACGCUCGAUAGUCCGUUUCUCAGGAGGAAUGGACACGGGAAGACGUCAACCGAGAAGGAUCGGGAUAUCACUGGGCUGGAUUGGUGGAGGGCGGGCGUCAAGGCGCGGAAAGGUGCGAACUAUAUGAGUUCGGCGGCGAGUACGACUUAG